AUGCCAGAUAAGAUUUUGAGUGUUCUUCAGAGUACUCUGCACGACCUUCUCUUGUUACUAGAUAUCGCUUCCGAUGACACACAUAACCAUCCGCGCCUUGAAGAAUCUGCCCUGAAGGUCGCUCGCGACUACGACGACUUCGCAAACAGUAUCAUUUCCCUCCUGCAGCACAAAGUCAACGAUGCUUCCGACGUCAGUCAUGGCUUCCAUCUGCCGGACAAUGCAGCAAUUGGCGUAUACAACUCUUUCGCAGAAAAGGCAACACCGAUGCUCCGGGAUAUCUAUACAACAUCGUGCAAGCUCAAAUGCACUGUACUAAAGCGGUGGACAAAACUGGAAGAUGAUGCUAAUCACUGCUCGGAGGAAAGAGCAUUUUCUUUUGCGGGGCGGUUACCGCUAUCAGGCGUUUCCAGUGACCAUGCCACCUCCACAGUACUCAAACGACUGUCGUUGGAUAUUGGUGGAACGCUGAUAAAGGCUGCUUACUGUUGCCCGUGCAGUGACUGUGACAUCUAUUCGCUGCUAUAUUGCGCCCAGCAUGCGCUUCAUGAUCUGCUUCAUUGUUUGGAGCGUUACUACAGCUUUGACCCACUUCCACACUGCGAGGUUGACCGUAACCUUCGCAGGAUGCUGCCCGCAAUGAUUCGGUUGGACAACGGUUCGGUGAUUCGAUUUCGACGGUUUAAAGUAGACUCACUGGGUGAUGUGAUUGACUCCUUGUUGGCGCAUAACGUGGUUGAUGAGAAUACCCAAAUUAACGCCACGGGUGGAGGAGCGUACAAGUAUGCCAAACUUUUCCAGGAGCGUCUGCCUCAGUGCACGUUCCGCCAAAUACCCGAAAUGCCCUGUGUGGUUGGGGGAACGGAGUCAAUGCACAACGUGAACCGGUGCUUUAUAAGGUACAACUUGCGUGGCGGAUGCACACAGUUGACCAGUGUGGCCGUGUGUUAUCCGUACCUCAUUGUGAACAUUGGAUCUGGCAUUUCGAUACUAAAGGUCAUGUCCAAGGGAUGCUUCGAAAGGGUAACUGGGACCAGUAUAGGUGGCGCCACUGCUCAUGGACUGACCAACACGCUUUUGGGUCUGAAAACAUACGAAGACUUCCCGCUCUUGUAUGAUAAAGGUUGCUUGAGUGUUACUUGUGGCUUCUGCCCAGCAUCCACGGAACCCACGGCCUCGUCCGACAGACUAAAGGCUAGCUUUGGGGCGUCUGAUGGCCACGUCAGCGUAGAAAACGUUGCUCGAAGCACGAGCGACAUGGUAUCGUACAAUAUUGGCCAAUUGGCCUUCCUGGUGGCAAAGAGCUACGGGGUGGAUCGCAUAGUUUUCACGGGAUCGUACACCACGAAUUACCGGAUGACAAUUGACGUUGCGGCGCGUGCCAUAGCUUCGAUGGCCGAGUCAUACGAAGUUACCCCUAUGGACGUCCUCGUAUCGGUGUUUGGCUCGUAUGCAGGUGCUUUGGGCUGUUUGUUGUCACAGUGA